AAUGUAUUUUACAUUUUAUUAAAAAUGAAGGUAAAAAUAUUUAGUGUAAACAUGAAAAGUAAUACUAUGAAUAUGGUAUUUCUGGCAAUUUCCCUACUUUAUUUUUUAUUAAAAAACAAAUUAAUACUUACCAAAAUAGUUCAUGAGGUUAUAAAAUUAGAAUCGAUAUGUGUUCUUGAUUGUUGUACGCACGUAAGACAUGCACGAGCUGUAAAUACGACCACAUUGUAAUUUGGUAAUAUAUGAAUAACGACUCUUCGUAUAAUGUUGGGCCACCUUCCAUCCUGCAGUACAACAAAAGAAGGAAAAAAAAAACGCAAAAACUUAUUGUUCCAUUUGGGCGUUAUCGUCAUGGAAUAAGAUCGAAUAUUAGCAACGUCAAUAAUCUUACAAAACUUACAUUUAUUUCCAGUAUCGAUGUAUGAUGAAAAGUUCGUGAGAAUAAAUGUUUUCAUGGUUGGUUAAGAGGCCACGCAAUCCUCAACACAACAAAGUUAAAAGAUUAUUCUGGAGAUAUUGAUCUACGAUCUCGAGUCUUCACCAAGAAGAGUUCUACGUUUAUCAUGGAUAUGUGUGUAUGACAAAGGGUAAGCUUUAACUAAGGUUUUGAAACUGUGUCACAUGUAGAUCUCGUUUUGGCUCACAAAAGCCUCGUUAUAAAUAAAUUGCAUUACAAUAAUUUUAUUUAGGCAGGGCCAAAAAACACCAGAACCGAAGAAUCGAACCAUAAUCGAAACAAAAUACCUGAAUCGGAAGUCGGGCCAAAACCCUAAAAUAUCCAAAUGAUAUCACAUAUUUCUAUCCAAACAACCGAACCAAACCGAAACCAAAUCGAGAACAUAACAUGUACCUGAAUAUAUAAAAAUAUUAGUAACACAUAUCUAUAACAUAACAAAAAAUAUAUAUAUAAUUAUUUUAUAAAAGUUUAUAAUUUAAAAGUUUAUAAAAGUAUCUGAAAAUAUUUGAAAGAAAUUAAAUUAAAUUAAAGUAUCCAAACUACCUAAAAUAUCAGGAUAUUUUUAUCUGAAAUAUCAAACAUAACCCAAAAUAUCAUAUAUUUUUAUCUGAAUCAUAAUAGUUAUUCGAUAUUUUAAUCCAAAACACCAAAUAUUUAACCCAAAUUAUCCAAACUAUCCGCUAUCCGAAGUAACCGAACCGGAACCUGAAUCAAAUAGAAAUGAUUUUUAGGCAUUUUCUGGUUUCUAGUUUUACUAUCCGAAUCGAACCUAAAACUAUCCUAAUCGAACUGAAAAUUAGUCAUGUAGUAAAUAGAUCUUUUAGCCCCUUAGCCGAAUUAACCGAUAUCUAAAAUACCCAAAUCAUACUGAACCGAUACUCGACCUAGUUUUAUCUAUGAAUUGAUAAGACAGAGCAUCAUAAAGCACAAAUUUUUGUAAAUGGUCAACACACAACACAUGUCCGAAUCCAAAUUUUUCUGGUUAAUACAAUAUUACAAUCAAACGUUAGAUCCCUUGGGUUUUUUGAGAUCCAAUGGGUCCGAACUUUCUAAUUUUGAAAAAAAAAAUGAAAGUUAUGCACUAUGCAUGCAGUAUCACAUUAAUUACUAGUACUUAAUGGUUCAAAGAUCCUUGAGCAUGACCAAACUUUUCUAUUGAGCUGAAAGAUUUUAUGAAGUUGAAAAACAGAUACGUGGAAUUCUUGGUUGUUUUUGUUCUUCGUUCGAAAAAUGUUUCGUCUGAUUCAUUAGUUAAAAUAACAAAAAAUUUUUAUAGAUAAUUGUAUUACAUUGAUUAUUUUUUUCUGGUAUGAUUUUCCGGACUAUCUCAAGCUUGAGUAAUAAAACAACUGUCUGAAGAAACAAAAAUUAAGUUUACUUAAUCUGGUAAAAUAUAUAUUUAGACGUUCAAAAUAUAUGGCCGUACUAUGAAGACAUGACUUGAUUCUUCCGUAGCAAAUAUUCCUCACAUUUUAUAUUUUAUGUACGUUUUACCGAAGAACUUAUAGUUUAUUCUUUUCGCUGUGAAAUAUACUCCCACUAUUUUAAUAUUCAUUAUUUAAAAUGUGCUCUCUAUUUAAAAUUCUAGAUUUCGGGAUAAAGUGAAUUCUCUAGAAAAAGUGCUACAUCAAACACAAUAUGACAGCUUUACGUACCUUAUAUAAAUGACCCUUAUAGACCCUUCAAUGCAUCAAACACGGAAACUCAUCAGUCACUUCUUAUCUUCACCCAGAGACAUCAAGCUCCCUAUUAUAAGUUCUUCAACUUUCCAAUAGUCAUCAUCCCUAGUAUAUCUCUUAUCUCAAUCAAGACACUCAGUUUGAUACUUUGCGGCUUCCAAAACUCUUUCACAUUAUAACAUCAAUGGAGAAGCUACAGAAGAUGAUUUCCGGAAAGUCGGUAGUUAUCUUUAGCAAUAACUCUUGCUGCAUUUCUCACACAAUCAAGACUCUCUUCUUAGACUUUGGCGUCAACCCGACGAUCUAUGAGCUAGACGAGAUCAGCAGAGGAAAAGAGAUUGAGAAAGUAUUGGCUCAGCUCGGCUGCAGCCCAACCGUUCCGGUGGUGUUCAUAGGAGGGCAGCUCGUUGGUGGAGCCAAUCAAGUUAUGAGUCUUCAUCUCAAUCGCUCUCUCGUUCCGAUGCUUAAACGCGUUGGGGCUUUGAUUUAAAUAUAAACUUAAUUAAACGUACUUUAAUCAUCUAUAAUGUACUAGACUAGUCAAAAACUGACAAUAGCACAAUACAUGUAUGAAUCAAUUAAAAUAAUAAUAUGAAUGUAUGAAUAUGUUUCUCUUGUCUA